UUCCUUAGUGCAGGACUUCUCAGAGCCUUUAAUUCUCUAACAUGCAUGGGACUCUCCAAGAGGACAGAGUAGAUGGGAUUCGCAGACUCAUUUGAUCAUGGAGCCCCCUUCCUGCGGGAGUCUGAGGAGGCCAGUGUUGCAGGGGACACACUUUUGGAAAAAUGCUGCCUGUAGCUAGUUACCAAGAGCUGGUGAGAAUUCUGAGCAGCUGCGAGAAACCAAAGCGCCCAAAGAUAAUUCCAGGCCCAGACAGUUUCUCCGGCUUAAAAAUGUGUGUCAGCAGCAGCCAUGAUGAGGCCCCCGUCCUGAGCGACAAGCACCUGGAUGUGCCCAACAUCAUCAUCACCCCGCCGACCCCCACGGGCGUGAUCCUGCCGAGGGACUCCCGGAGGGCAGUCUGGCUGGAGGAGUCAGGGUCGGGCCCGGAGGAUGGAGAAGCAGACCCUGAGGCCUGAGGAGAAGGCACGCGUGGGUCGGGGAUUUGCCUGCACUGGAUCCUUCCCUGGCUGCCCUUCGCUUGGCGUGUCCCGCGGUGCCUGGGACAGAUGUGCUGAGAACGCUGGCUGGGAAGACAGAGAGAUUCCGGCAUUGGACCAGCAGAGGCGUGGCGAGAGGAGCGAGGAAGCGGCCCUGCCCUCGUCCAGAACGACAUUUCCCAGGCCCCGUUGAGUGGACCGGACCUCUGAUGCCUACAUAUUCUUGCCGACCGCGAGGCACAGUGACGGCCAUCUGGGUACCAGGGACAGGCUUUCUUCUAGACAGACUCCCAGCGGCCUGGGCCAUGCAGACGGGUGCCCAGGAGGUCUGCACAUAUAAGGACUUCUUGCAAAGGGCUGGCUUCAUUUUUUACAAGUUGUCUUACCGACAUUGAAACAGUCCAAAAAGUGAUUUAUAAUUUCUUUUUUGCACUGUAAGUAAAGAUCCCGUGUAACGAG